AGAUCCUGUGACCUCCCGACAGUCUGUUCAAGAUGGCCGCUUGAGUGGAGAAUUUACACAUCUCCAAUAAAACUAAUCCAACAGCUAGCUUCUCUCACAACUUUAUUUGCAUUAUUAGAGAAUGAGACGACGGUACGGGCGACGUGUGGUCCUAUUUUAAAACGGAAUAUCAGAAUAAUUGUUGAGGACGACGUCGGAGUUAUGAGGUAAAACAGUGCUGAAAUUGGAGGGGGUUAAAGGCCCUUUUGAUUUAGCCCAGCAUGGACAGCUUCUUCAAGGCGGCUGUAUGUGAUCUGGACAAACUGCUUGAUGACUUUGAGCUCAACACUGAGGAACAUGAAUGCAAGUCUGUUUUCCUGAAGCCUUCUGUGUACCCCUUCUCCUCACUGGGCUCUCAGUGUUUAACCUCCGAGGCGUCCACGGUCCCUCCAAACCUCCCCGACCUUAACUCUCUUCAUUAUGGUUCUGCUAGCUCCGGUCAGGACAGCAGUCACAACCGCAGCGCUGAUGACAGAGAGGUCAAAGGUCAGCCUCUCACAGGAGUGGACCUCCUCUCCUCUGUGGAUCACAGGCCGGCUAAAAGCUCCGCACCUCCCUGCCCGGACAGAGCUCUGAAGCCAGUGUGUGACCUUGUGAACGACACAAGCUCAGCCGUCCUGGUCAGGUCCAACAGCCACGAUGCUUUCAGUGAGCUGGACAUGGUGGAGAAGCAAAUGGAGGAGGAGGAGACGCUGCUUGUAGACUUUGAAAGCCCUGUGGUGAAUGCACAUAAAGAGGAUCAAGCACAUGCAAGCCUAAGUGCAGACUGUUCGGAAGAAAAACAAGCCUCUGGAGGGACGGAAGAGCUAGGUUUGGAUUCCAAGGAGCAGCAGAGCGGUGGAUACUCAGCCUCGCUCUGCUUGCUGGAUGUCAUUCUUCCUGCUGCAGUCGAAAGGAGCUGUGAGUCCACGGAUGAUUCACCAAGGCCUACUGAGUCAGCAGAGAAAGAGGAUAGGCAUUGUGAGGAGGAGCUGUGCACAAACCAAGCGGUGGAUAACUCCUCAGACCAUUGUGAACCGGAGCCCACUCUGCCUGUUUAUAGCAUUCAAGAACCAACAACAACCUCAGUGAAUGAAGAGGAAGCCUCACAAGAAGCCUUUGGUGAAAAUGAGUCCUCUGUCGAUGUAAAUUCAGACGAAAGCGAACCGGUGAGCUUAUCAUGCCUGCCUUUAGCUGUGUCCAUGUGUGGAGCUCUGGUGAACAUAAAGACCGACGAAGAUGAGUCGGGGGAAGCUGCAGAGCUGUGUGAUGAGGCAGUAGUCCCCUCUGAUAGCACAGAGGCAGACUCCCUGUCAGCCUUGGAGGCCAGAGAGAACAGGUCACGUUUAGAAGAAGUUGUUAACUCAGCAGUGUUUGUGCAGGUUGCAGAGGGCAGGGUGUCGCCAGAGGGGCAGCAUCUCGCUCCUGAACCUGCUCCUCCUGCUGUCCCCUCUGCUGACAUCGCCUCCUGCGAUCUACCAGAACCCAGCCCAGUGGACCCUCCCGAGUUUGGCUUUGAAUACCUGCCCGAGAGCGACCAGGCCGAGCUGCUGGUUACAGACGAGGAGCUGGAUGCUUUCCUGCAGGCGCAUGCAGAAGCAGAGCAAGGUGGAAGCGUCUCUUAUUGCAGCACCUCUGAAGAUUACUCUCAACCUGAGAGUCACUCAGAGUCAAACGGAGAUCUGGAGGGCAGGCCGGUGGGCGAGGAGCAGAGGAGCUGUGGUCGAGGGAGACGGGAUGAUUUAGAGGAUCUGGCUUCUCCAGAGAGCGACAGAACAAUGUGUGUGUCUGCAGAGGGAAGUUUGAACCCCGGUGCUCCAUCACAGGACUCUAACAGACCAUACCAAGAAGAGCCAGAACUCUCCUCCGGAUUAAGCCUUUCUUUGACCAGCAACACUUUCCAGCGCAGCAGUAGCCCCGAUCAUCAGCCCUCCUAUGGAGGUGCGAGACCUAAACAGCUACACUGCCAGACCGCUAGAUCUCCACCAGCUGGGGAAGAAGUAGAGGAGCCGGCUCAGACUGGUUCUACAACAGAUCCGGGUGCAGCAGAGGAUGAAGACGGUUCACCAACAAGUCUUACAGAGCAGCAUUGCAACAUCAGGGACCUGAGCCCUAUGUGCGCCUCUCAGGAGCAUCAGGAUUACAGCAUGGGGUAUGAUGAACUCUCGGAGCCCCCUCCUUACCCCGGGGAGCCGCCCACUGAAGGUGCCAGGGCGGUUAACUGGAAGAGAGAGGGGGGGGAAGAGCUGGGCAGCAGACAGCCCUCCUGGGUGCCAGACUCUGAAGCUCCCAACUGUAUGAAUUGCUACCAGAGGUUCACCUUCACCAAAAGGCGGCAUCACUGUCGAGCCUGUGGAAAGGUUUACUGUGCGGUGUGCUGCAACAGGAAGUGUAAGCUGAAGUACCUGGAGAAAGAGGCCCGUGUGUGUGUCGUCUGCUUCGAUACCAUACACAGAGCCCAGGCGCUGGAGCGGAUGAUGAGUCCUGCGGGUCCCAGUCCAAACCCCAACGUCCCAUCUGAGUACUGCAGCACCAUCCCCCCUCUGCAGCAGGCUCGAGCCGCCGGCACUCUUAACUCCCCUCCACCGACCGUCAUGGUGCCUGUGUCCGUUCUCAAAAACCCAAACAACGACAGUUGUCCUCGUGAACAGAAGCGCGUGUGGUUUGCUGAUGGCAUCUUGCCCAACGGAGAGGUGGCAGACACCACAAAACUGUCGGUGACAAGCCGCAGGAGCUCGCAGGAGUUCAGUCCUUCCUCUCCGGACCAAACAACACCCGGGUCUGAGGUGGGAGUCGGUGGAUCCUCCUCCCCUGAAGCCUCCGGGGCUGUGGAGGUGUUUCGACCUCCGGUGUCCGGACCCUGGGACUACGCCCUACUCUCUGGAAUCUGUUCUUCCGUGCAGAGGGUUCCCAGUCUGCUGCCGGAUAAUGAGGAUGAGCUCCCUCCUCUGCUCAUCUCCACCGGAGAGGAUGAAGCGGGAGAUGCUUUGGUUGAGGAAAGUCCCGCCCCCUGUCAGAUUCGGCACUUAUUAGAGGAGGGAGGACCCCGACCUCUGACCUUUGUUCUGAACGCCAACCUGCUGGUCAAUGUCAAACUGGUUACCUACUCGGGUCGGCAAUGCUGGUGUUUCGGCUCGAACGGGAUGCAGGCUCUGGGACAGAGAGAGCUGGUGUUUUUGUUGGAGUGUUUGCCCGAAGAAAAAACUCUUCCAAAAGACCUUUUCACACUCUAUCUCAACAUUUACCAAGAAGCCCAAAAAGGGAAGUUCUUGGAGGAGCUGGAUAAUGUGACGUUCACCAGCAGUUUUCUGGGCAGCAAAGACCACGCUGGGAUGCUGUUCUUCGCCCCCACCUGUCAGCCUCUCGAUGGCCUCACUCUCCCGCCGCAGCCCUUCCUGUUCGGCCUGCUGGUGCAGAAGCUGGAGGUUCCCUGGGCCAAAGUCUUUCCCCUCAGGCUGCUCCUGCGGCUUGGAGCUGAAUACAAUGUGUAUCCCACUACAUUGACAAGUGUCCGUUUUCGGGACUCUGUGUAUCGAGAGACGGGACACACCAUAAUGAAUUUACUGGCUGACCUGAGGAACUACCAGUACAGUCUGUCAGUGGUGGAGGGCCUGAGGAUCCACAUGGAGAUGGGCCACAGUUACAUUGAGAUUCCCAAAAAUAGCUUCAAUGAGAUGCAGAAGGUGGUAAAUGCCUCCAACGAGCACGUCAUCAGUAUCGGAGCCCGGUUCAGCUCGGAGGCCGACUCUCACCUGGUGUGUUUCCAGAACGAGGAGGGGAACUAUCAGACGCAGGCCAACAGCAAGCCCGGCAUGACCCGAACAGUGACUGGAGCCAGUUUUGUUGUGUUUAAUGGAGCCCUGAAAGCCUCCUCUGGCUUUAUUGCAAAGUCCAGCAUAGUUGAAGACGGGUUGAUGGUGCAAAUCCCUCCAGAGACCAUGGAGUCUCUGCGCACCGCCCUGAGGGAGCAAACAGACUUCCAGAUACCCUGCGGCAGGAACGAUGGAGGGGAGGUCCGAGAAAACGUCACUGUCCGCUGGGUCGACCUGAGUUCACCUGUCAACACGGGCAUUACCAGCGGGGUAGAUGGCAGACCUUUGGAUGGAGUCCGCAGUGUGAGGGUGCAGCAGGACACUGACUUUGAGUCUGACGGACGCACCAUCAGUUGCACAGAGGUGUUCUACCAGCUCAAGACUCCGGACAGCAGCUUCUCGUCCGUGCUGUCGUCCUGCAGCGUGUUUCAGAAGGAGAUGGCUCUGGCCGCCUGCAGCGCUCUGACGCCUCACCUCUCUGUCCUCACCUCCAGCGGCAUCAACUCGCUCACUCUGCGCAUCUCUACGCAGGCUGACAUGGUGGAGUAUCAGGCGGGCUCCGGGGGCCGGCUCCUCCCUCAGCGCUACAUGAACGAGCUGGACAGCGCCCUGAUCCCCGUCAUCCAUGGAGGUAGCGCUAGUGUCCCACAGACUGCCAUGGACAUGGAGUUCAUCUUCUACAUCACACACACCAUCUGAUGCACAUGCAGACACUGAAACAAGUAUUGAAGCUGGUUGACCACAGAGAGAGAGACGCUGAUUAUCAUGGCGGGACAUGCAAGCGCAACCUGUUUGCAGUUUGGACAUGCAGCCAGUCACAGCGGCACAACAUUCCCACUCUGAGUUUGGGAGUGUAUUUCCGGAGGGGUGUAAACUGAUUUUCUGUUAACGAAGCGGUGUGUGUUUGUGUGUUUUCCGUGCUCACCAAAGCUGCUUUAAUUCAAGAAGCCUAACACUAAACAAGGAUUACGACAUGACCAAAUACAACUCUUCAACCCGUUUCUUCUUCUGCUCUGCCUUCCAGGCUCCCUGCUGCCUCCAUCAGCUCGGGGCUCCUCAGUGAAUGUUUCCCACAGACGCUCUAUCGACAUGUCUCUCAUUUGGAUGUAUUUAUUCUAUUUUAAUAUGGGCUUAUUGAAUGAAAUGAUAGUAUUAAAGCAAGGGAUAUUACUGACUGUAGUUUUCAGUACUUCGGAGGCGAUACGUGUGAUCAGGUGCUCGCCCCGCUCUUAAAAACCGCAGGGAGAAAAAAAUAAAUCGCAUCUCAUUUCCUCUCAAGGUACUAUGCUCUCAUCUCAUAUGCUGUUGGAAGAUGACACUGCAUAGGACCACACCGGGCCUCAUGCAAGAACAUAUGUGUCCUAAAGUUCUGACAUUUUAUCAGUAAAGUUUUAGGCCUACUUUUACCAACUCAAAUACUAAUUUAAAAAGUGAUAAAUGGAACAAAAUGAGUGUAUAAGCAUAAUCAAGGCCUCUGAGAAUGACUGAAUUUUACACAAGGGAUGUAACAUGAUUUGUUCGACUGGUCCUGACUAUGAUGUGUCAUUAAUCUGAGAAGUUUAAGUGGAUUUGCACAAAGUCGGUUGUGUGUCAGUAGGUUUUGUGUCCAGAUGAAGCUCCGCUGAUCUCCACAGGAGGAUAAAUGUGGCUUUGUAAUCCAAGAGGUAAUCAGCCGUCUAGAGCUUCCUCUCCAUGCUAAAAGUGAAUGUGUGUUUGGAGCAUCCUGUCAUGGAAGAAACUCCAGUUCAUCUAACACUGAAGCAUUACUUUUUGCUUUUCAUAUUUUGGUUACCUUUGUUCACUGCCAACAUGCUUCUGCUCACAAUUUGUACUUGUUUCGAGUAGCACCGGGUCGUCUGUCACUGCUGACCAGUACUUGCCAGCUCGAGCUGAAAUACCAAUGAUUUUCUUCACUUCGAGAUAUUUUGCGAUGUCCGCUUCAGGUUUUGAGUUGAAUGAUCAGAUUUUGCACACCUGAUGAGAUCUUUACAUCACAUUAGAUGGCUCUUUUUAGCAUCUGAAGUCAUCUCACACCUUUUUUUCAUUUUUGAAGUUAAGCAAUUAUACAUGUACAGGCUUUUGUGAACACUUUUAAAUGAAAAGAUCACUGAGAAAUAUCCUUAUUGACUUUCUUGGAGAUUUAUAGUGGAAGAGGAGAAUGAUAUCGCUGGAUCUAUUGGAAAGAUAUAAAGAUGCAGCCAACAGCUUCGGUCUGUAUCUUCUUAUCCAGAGUGCAGACACGUGAUAUCUUAUCUAACUCGGCAAAGAAUAAGUACGUUGAUGUCCGAAAAUAUUCAACAAAUGCUUAAGGAUAUCCGUUGUGUGUCCUGAGGGCAGUAGGAGUUCUCUCAGGUGCUGUUUGCAGCAGGAAGUGUUUUACCAAAAUAUCCAAAGCAUUAGAACAGCUAUAUAUAUUUUGUAUUUAUUUCAUGUAUUUCCCAGUCGCUUUAAGGCUCUUUCCAACCGUUAAAACACUGUCACACGUAGGUUUUUAAUCAGGCAAUUACAACAGAUAACGUGGCCCAUUUUUUUCACCAGCUUGUCUCUAUCAGUAUGCCAGUAUCCCUGUACGAGUGAUGUGGUUAAAGGCAGGACUCACGGUAAAUGUAAUAUCUUUAAAGUCCGAAUUAGAGUGCAGACGGGUUUUAUUCCUGUAAAAUGCAACCAGGUUAGCAUGCACUGUUUAGCGUAGCUUUGCAGAAAUCAAGCCUCUGUGUUUUCCAUUUUUCACUCAUCUCGUCCCAGAAUCUUCAGUUUUUGUCUAAAUGUAUAAAAGAAAAACUGUAAGCAUAGAGAUUUUUGUUUGUUUUGGUGUUUUCUUUUUAAAACAAUGAAGAGUUAUUUUUGGAAUCAUUGGUACAAAUGUUUUAACAAACUGAAAAAGAGUUCAUAUUUUUGAUAGGACAAUAGGCUACAUUCAUUUUGAAGUGUGUGUAGCAUCCUUGAAGCACUGAGAGGAAGAAAAAAAACAUUAGACAGCCAAUUGCAGAAAUUAAAAUAUAUAUAUAUAAUUUUGUCAUAAGGUGGAGAAUAUGUAAUCCCAAAUUGCAAUGCAUAAAGAAUGUACAGUAAAGGUGUAAAAAAUCUAAAUAAAAGCAGCUUUACACCAGCCGUAAUCUUUCUACAA